ACAACGCGGGCGGUCAGACUUGACCGAACACGAAAGAGUCGGGGAAUGAUGAUCCGCAAGUAUUGUCAAAUCCUAUAAGACCGUAUACGGGCCAAAGAUCAGAAUAUUCAUCCCAUCGUACUCGUUGCCUCUACGUCCAUAACCUUGCAGAACUCAAUCGCUAUAACUCAUUCAUUAUGGUCUCUUUCACCUCCAUCGUCACCACCUUCCUCGCUGUUACUGGUGCUGUAGUUGCCAAGCCAACACCAAAGCUCGCUGAGCAACCAGUUGUGACCUACCUUGGAACCCAAGGGCCCAUUCUAUCGAGCGGCGCAUGGACAUCGAAGGGCAUAGUCUACACCUCAGGAACCGUCCCUUCGUUCAAUGGAUCGAUUGUAGCAGGCGGCAUCGAAGCUCAAACGGCUCAAGUCAUCAAGAACAUUGCGGUCAUUCUCGAAGAAGCCGGUACAUCAUGGGACUACGUUAUGAAGACCACCGUCUUCCUUGCCAACAUGUCAGAUUACAGCGCGAUGAACGAGGUCUAUGCUGCUAUGCUGCCCACACCGAAGCCUGCGCGCACUGCUGUUGAGGUUGGCAAGCUUCCGGGUAACUUCUUGAUUGAGGUUGAGGCUAUCGCUGCUAUUCCGGACUCAUGAGUAUGGGAAGAGUUGGAAAGGAAAAGAUAGAACCUAUGACAUAUUUAUUCAGGCUGUACGAGCGAGGCGCGACCUUUACAAUCGAUGCAACUUGGCCACCAUCAUUAAUCCUCUUGUGAGAUAUCGUUGUCGUUGUCGUAUAUAACUGUUGUUUACCUCCAGGACGUCUCUCCAUUAUCUUCGAGUAUGUU